AUGCGGCGCAGCGUGAAGAGGCGGCGGCGCCGGUCCCCGGCCGCCCCGGCCGCGGCCGCCCGGGGCGUCGGCUUUAGGGCGGGAGGAGGGGCCGCGCUGGAGGCGCGGGAGGAGAAGGUGGUGUACUCGCGGUCGCAACUCUCGCUGGCCGACAGCACCAAGGCGCUGGGCGACGCCUUCAAGCUGUUCAUGCCACGCAGCACGGAGUUCAUGAGCUCGGAUGCGGAGCUCUGGAGCUUCCUCUGCAGCCUCAAGCACCAGUUCUCCCCGCAUAUCCUGCGCAGCAAGGACGUCUACGGCUACUCUUCCUGCCGGGCCCUGGUCCCCGACCCCCCGGGACACCCUGCCGCCCGCGGCCCGACGCGCAGGCCGACCUCGAGCGCGGCGGCCAGGAGGAGGCGCCGCGGAGCCCGGGCGCCCGCCGCUCGCUGGAGGAAGCCCCCGCCGCCGCCGCCGCCGCCGGCGGACCCCGGGGAGAGCCGCCCCGCCAAGCCCGCGGCGCCCGAGCCCUGCUUCGGGGGCCGCACCCUGGAGGAGAUCUGGAGGGCGGCCACCCCGACGCUGACCACCUUCCCCACCAUUCGCGUCGGCGACGACGUGUGGGGCGAGCGCAGCCUGGCGGCGGCGCGGCGUAAGGCGCACCAAGUCCUGCGAGUGAACCUGGAACCCGUGGUGAGGCUCCGCCGCUUCCCGGUGCCUCGGGCGUGA